AUGGUAGCUUGCAGUAGAAGAAGAUCUAUCUAUCUAUCUAUCUAUCUAUCAAUCAAUCUAUCUAUCAAUCAAUCUAUCUAUCUAUCUAUCUCAGUUUGUUGGAAUUCAUCUAUCUCAGUCUGUUUAUCUAUCUAUCUAACUAUCUAUCUAUCAAUCUAUCUAUCUAUAUAUCUAAGUUUAUUGGUAUGCAUCUAUCUCAGUCUGAUUAUCUAUCUAACUAUCUAUCUAUAUAUCUAUCUCAUUUUGUUGGUAUGCAUCUAUCUAUCUAUCUAUCUAUCUAUCUAUCUAUCUAUCUAUCUAUCUAUCUAUCUGAGUUUGUUGGUAUGCAUCUAUCUCAGUGUGUUUAUCUAUCUAUCUAUCUAUCUAUCUAUCUAUCUAUCUCAGUUUGUUGGUAUGCAUUUAUAUCUAUCUAUCUAUCUAUCUAUCUAUCUAUCUAUCUAUCUAUCUAUCUAUCUAUCUAUCUAUCUAUCUCAGUUUCUUUGUAUACAUCUAUCUCAGUCCGUAUAUCUAUCUAUCUGUCUAUCUAUCUCAUAUUUUUGGUAUGCAUCUAUUCUAUUCAUCUAUCUAUCUAUCUAUCUAUCUAUCUAUCUAUCUAUCUAUCUAUCUAUCUAUCUCAGUUUGUUGGUAUGCAGGUAA